CUCUCCUCUUCACAACACCACACUCCUCUCCUCCUUACCUCACAACAAUGCCGCCUCGCCCUCCCUCUCACGCCCUCUCACACAACCCCCCAUAACCACGACCAUACCCAAACCCAUACCCAAACCCACAACCAUGCCCAAACUCCCCCUCCUCAACCCCCUCUCCCUCCUCCCCCCGCUCAUCCUCCUCGCCUUCUCCAUCCCCCUCGCCCUCCUCGCAACCUGGACGACCUCGCUCGCAAUCUGCACCCUACUCCUCCGCGUAUCCGUCGUCUACGUCGAGCUCGCCCUCGCCCUGCUGCACAGCUACAUUACACGCCUCAUCCCAUCGCCGUCGCCGUCGCCGUCUUCACAGACAGAGAUAUACGCAUAUCCACCCGUCCUCGCGACGGUACCUUCAGCACAGCACUCGCGUCGCCGUCGUCGUCGGAGCAGCAAUAGCAAUAGCAGCACAUCUUCACUCACACCUAUACCAACACAAACACCUCCAUCUCCAUCUCCAUCCACAGCGACAGCCACCACCACACAGCAACACAAAAGAACCCACCGCGCCGUCAAAUCAGACUCCAUCGUCGUCGCCGCGGCGCCCGAUCGAGACUUUGAAGGCAUGGGCGGCUGGCGCAUUCCGCCGCCGACAAGUCGCAAGAACAACAGCACUACUGCCGGUGCUGGUGGUGGUGCUAGUAGUGGUGCAGUAGCAGGAAACGCCGACGACGAUGACGAGGCGCUGUGGAUGGGUAUGAAUGCCCGGCUCGAGCUGCCUGCCCAUGCCACGCACGAGACGCAGCGGCGACGGCAUCACAGACGGUCGCUGACGGCGAGUGGGGGUACGGUAGCGGGGGACUGGAGUCCCACGCGGACGCGGACGCGCACGAGUCCGAGUGCGAGUCGGGUGUGGACGAGGGCGCCGACGCCGGCGGCGGAUGUCGGUGUUGGCGCAGAGGGGUACUUCACAAUCACGCCUAUUGGGAGGAAGAGCGGCGUGUGAAUGAGUCUUGUGGGAAAAGCUUUGCUUUGCGAAUGGGAGAGGAAGCUGGCGAGAGUAGGAGGACAGGAUGAGUGUGAGUGCGGGUAUCA